AUGAGCAAACAAAGUGAAGAAAGUAUAACCACGGAGUCACGUCAACUAGUAAGGGCUUCUACUUUGGGAAUUGAGACGACGGCAAAAUUGCUAGCUCCGCUAAAUUCAUCCGCCAUGAAUUUUGCGAGAGCUUUAAGUUCCUCUCUAAAUGGAACUGAGCUAUCAUCAUUGGAUAUCAUCCAAGAUAAGGUUGCACCGACAUUGUUCUUAGCACUUUCAACGAUUCCAUACAUAUCACAGUCUUCAUAUAUUGGACAAAACGGAUUAAUCUUCUCAUUUUACAAAAAAGACGAGGAUCAAAUAGUUGCGUUGUUUUCCAACACGUCAUCAUCUUCUCCAAACUGGUACACUCAGCCGGUUGACAGAGACAGCGGCGAGUUAUAUGGAGAAGCAGUUGCCGAAAACCCAACGGUCACCAGAAAUGCAAGCUGGUUUCAAAAAGCAUUAAAAAGCACAAGCGGAUAUUCUUGGCUUGGAGAUGCAUUGAACAACUCCGGAGAAAGCUUAUUUCUCAGCGCUGUUGCCAUGGAUGGCAGAGGUGUAAUUUCCCUGGGUCUCCCUGCAAAAGUUGUUGUAGAGUUUUUUGCAGCUUUAGACUUUUUCGAUGGCUUUCACUUGGCGACAAAAGAUGGGGAUGUUAUUAUACAUUCGAGACUACCGGACACCCACAUAUAUGUAAGAAACGACACAGUUUCGCUGCAAGUGGUGGAUCCAGAUGGGGCUCCCAGAGGUCAUCCCGGCUACUUCUCGUGUGCGUCCGAUGAUGCGCGUUCAACGCCUUUUGAUAAGAAAGUCUCAGGAAAGGAGUAUUUUUUUUAUUGCUCUACGCUUGAGAUCGCCGGAGUUGAAACGGUAUACGUUUUGGCUCUUCCCACCAAAGGAGUAGUAAGCCUUAUCCAACGAAACAGCAAGAUCUCGAUCUUGAUUCUUUUGAUUCUGUUUGUUAGUAUGGUUAUCUCGAUUUGUGUCUUUUUGUUCUUCAUAAUUAGGGCUGCAAAAAGAGAAAUGUCCAUAUGUGCUGCCCUGGUUAAACAAAUGGAUGCAACUCAACAAGCAGAACGCAAGAGUAUGAAUAAAAGCCAAGCCUUCGCUGCAGCAAGCCAUGAUAUACGUGGCUCUUUGGCAGCCAUCACUGCUUUGAUAGAUAUUUGCAGUCAGGGUUGUAACACUGACAAAGGUUUAAAGGGAAACUUAUCACAGAUGAGUACUUGCACAAAGGACCUUCAUGGGUUAUUGAAUUCUGUUCUGGAUACAAGUAAAAUUGAAGCUGGAAAAAUGAAACUGGAAGAAGAAGAAUUCGACUUGGCUCAGCUGCUUGAGGAUGUGGUGGAUAUGUUCUAUCCUGUGGCCAUGAAGAAAGGUGUAGACAUUGUGCUUGACCCUUGUGAUGACUCAAUAGCUAAAUCAAGUCAUGUUAGAGGGGACAGAGGAAAGCUUAAGCAGAUCCUAUGCAACUUGCUGAGCAAUGCUGUGAAGUUUACAUCAGAAGGCCACAUCACAGUUCGUGCAACUGUCCAGGAAACAAGCUUGGAAAAUGCAAUAAUUGCUUCUACUAAUUAUUGUCCCGUGUUGGAAUCUUUGUGCCAGUUGUGUCCCAACAACAAGAAACGUUUGAAUGAUUUGGAUGCCCUUCGGACAGCUCAACAAGCUCCCAAUCUCACACAAUUUGUCAUUGAGGUGGAUGAUACUGGUUUGGGAAUUCCUAAAGACAAGCAAAAUUCUGUUUUUGAAUUCUAUAAUCAGGUUGAGGAUUCGGCUUUUAGGAAAGGUGGAACUGGUUUGGGACUUGGUAUUGUUCAAUCUUUGGUGCGUCUAAUGGGAGGAGAUAUAAGAAUUGUUGAUAAAAGGGCAGGAGAAAAAGGCACCUGCUUCAACAUCGAUUUCAAACUUGCCACAUAUGAAGUAGAAUCAACUGACAAUGAAGGGUUACAAUCUGUACGUGGUUCGCCUAAACAAGAUGGAUCUCAUGUAAUACUUCUUAUGGCAGGUGAUCAGAGGAGGAAACUUUUGAUGAAGUACAUUGAAAGCUUGAACAUAAGGGUAUCAUAUGUGAAGCAAGGGAAAAAUCUACUCCCACUGCUGGAGAAAAUAAGGCAGAAUCUGGACGAUUCCUAUUUCAGCAGCUACCCAGCUGAGAAAACCCAUAUGGGAUUAGUUGAUUUGAACGAAAUUGAAUCUGAUUUCAAAUCUGAUUUAGGAUCAAAUAUUGAUGAUCAUAUUGUGUCUUCACGCAGCAACUCCAAAAGUUCAUCAUCUACAGGCAUCAUGCUGUUUGUGGUUGAUGCCAGCGCUGGUCCUUUCUCUGAACUUUCUUCAGCUAUGAUUUACUUGAGGAAAGGCAUCCAUAAUUCCAGGUGUAAGGUUGUCUGGUUGGAUCAUCCAACCGUUCAUGUUGCUCGCUCAGUGCACCCUCCUCCAUAUGAUUACAUUAUGUAUAAACCUUUGCACGGAUCACGCUUACGCCAAGUGCUUGGAUUAAUACCUGAACUGCAAAGCUUAAAUUUCCCAGAGUUAGUAGACAAAUGUGAAGCUCUUGAGAUGGGGGAGUCUUCUUCUCAUCAGGGCUCUCUCAAGCAUGAUGACAUAAGCACUGAUAAUCGUUUGAAUGGGAAGAAAGCUCUGGUUGUUGAAGAUCAUGCAGUAAUACGCCUGGCGACUGUACGUAUUAUUAGAAAACUUGGUGCAGAGGUGGAGAUGUGUGAGAAUGGAAAAGAGGCCUUUGAUCGUAUCUGCAAACUCUUAAGUGAUCAGAGAAAGGAAGGAGACUCCAUUUCUCCUCUCCCUUAUGACUAUGUUUUCAUGGAUUGUGAGAUGCCGGUAAUGAAUGGAUUUGAAGCAACAAGACUGGUACGGGCAGAGGAAGUACAAUAUGGCAUCCAUAUACCAAUUAUUGCAUUGACGGCCCACAUAGAGCCAGAGCUAGUACGCCGCAUGUUUCAGAAUGGGAUGGAUUGGCAUUUGCCUAAGCCAUUCAGUGCCACCGAGUUGCUGGAAGUAAUCCGACAUAUCGACACUAAACAAUAG